GAGAUUAUGUUGAGAUAUUUACGAAAGAAAAAUACAAUGACUAAAUAACUAUCGUCAAUUAAUUUCAACGAGCGGAGUAGGUUAUAUUUAUUAGCUUGCCUGCUUAAAAUAACCAAGAUUGUAGGCUGUCGAAAUUUAAAUAGGCUACUUGCUAAACCGGCUUUUGUUGCCCCACUCAGAGCUGCUACGCGGUAUCAUUUUUUCCGAGUCAUACCCGCCCCACCUGUCGAAUUACCUGUAGACUAAGCAACAAUUGCCAGCUUCACGGAGCUAGACUCACAAGACCGCUCGUCAUCUGCAUUCAUACCAUUCCAUAUCCUGUAGGCGAAUUCCUUUAAAUGAAAACUUGAAUUCACAAUUAUGUCACGAAUAAGCUAUCAACUUUUAAUAUUCAGUUUAAUGCUUUAUCUUAUAACUGGAAUCAAAAGCACAGGCCUAUUUCAGGUAACAUCAAAGUUCCAUAACCAGAAAGUAGUCAUCCCUCGCUUUGUCCAUGACCGUUCAAAGAGAGAGGCCAAACCCAGUGAAAUAUCAAAACCGGAUGUAAAACCAGAGAGCCUGGUGUAUUCUUUGAACAUUGAGAACAAGGACCACUUCCUCAAUCUGAAAAAGAACAAAGACUUUGUAGCAAAGGCCUUUGUGCAGUACUCUCAUGGUGCAAAUGGUAAUCUGGUGGCCUCCUAUCCUGAAGUGCCUGAGGGUUGUCAUUACCAUGGAUACGUGGAGGGGCAUGAGGAUUCCAUGGUGGCUCUCAGCACCUGCAGCGGUCUGAAGGGUGUCAUUAUUUUUGGGAAUCAGAGUUAUGGACUUGAGCCAGCUCUCGAAUCUACAACCUUUGAGCACCUCCUAUUUCCACUGAAGGACAGCCAGCCUGAGCAGUUUGUUUGUGGAGUGACCAGUGAGAUGUCCCAAUCUGAUGGGCCAACCCUCCAUGAGCCCGCAUUUACAAUGAGCAAGAUUUUCAGAAAAAAACGUAACCUACCUCUGCCCAGAUAUGUUGAAUUGGCUUUAGUCGUGGACAAAAUGAGGUUUGACUUCAAGGAAGGCAAUACCACAGCUGUGCGAGAGGAAAUGGUGGACCUGGCCAGUAUCUUGGACAGGUACUACAAACAGCUGAAUGUUCACGUGAUCCUGGUGGGACUGGAGAUCUUUGAGGAAGAGAACCCUUUCAGCGUGGAGGACUCGCCGAGCACAGUGCUGUCCAGCUUUGUCAAGUGGCGGAGAAAGAGUCUGAUCCCCCGCGUCAGAAAUGACGUGGGCCAGCUUGUUGUGGGGCGGUCAUCGCCAUACGGAAGCGUCGCGGGCAUGGCUUUCGUGGGAACAGUGUGCUCUGUGGCUUCCGCUGGAGGAAUCAACGUGUUCAGUAACAAUAACCUGCAGGCCUUCUCUAUCGUGGUCGCUCACGAAAUGGGCCACAACCUGGGCAUGGGCCACGAUCGCAGCGCGUGUACCUGCGACCCAGGGCGUUGCAUCAUGUCAAGCACUACAGGCGGGGACCCCGAGUUCAGUUCCUGCAGUGUCAAAGAUUUAGAGAGGCUGAUCUUGAGAGGAGGGGGAACCUGCCUGAGGAACCAGCCACCACCCUCGGUCAUCAUCACCGUGGCGGAUUGUGGCAACGGUCUACUGGAGGAGGGGGAGCAAUGCGACUGCGGCACACCGGAGGAGUGCAGAAACGACUGCUGCGAUGCUGCCACCUGCAGGUUGACACCAGGAUCUGCAUGCGCGCAAGGAGAAUGCUGCCGGGGCUGCCAGUUCAGGGUCGCAGGAACUCCCUGCAGGACGUCUGUCAAUACCUGUGACCUGCCCGAGUUCUGCAGUGGGGAAACUGGCUUCUGCCCCGAAGACUUCUACAUGAUGGAUGGGUACAGCUGUGCCGACGACACCGCCUACUGCUUCGAAGGCCGCUGUCAGACAUACGACUUCCAGUGUCAACACCUUUUCGGGAAAGGGGCAAAAAAGGCAGACGAUAUUUGCUUCCGAGUGAUCAAUGCAGAAGGAACAAUAUUUGGAAACUGCGGUGACGAAGGUGUCAAGUGUGCGCCAGAGGAUUCGUUUUGUGGGAAGGUUCAGUGCACCGACGUUGAUGGCAACUAUCCACCAGAAGGAUCCACAAUCACAGUGCGGAUCCUUGAAGGUCACCGCUGUGUGAAUGCGGACUUUGGCUUGGGCGUAGACGUCCUAGACCCCGGCUAUGUUAAUACAGGAAGUGGCUGCAGCAAAGGGAAGGCUUGCAUGGACUUCAAGUGCAUCAACGCCUCAGCACUGAUAGAAGCCACAAAUUGUGAAGCUCAGUCGACAUGUAAUGGCCAUGGGGUGUGUAAUGACCAGGGACACUGCCACUGUGACGAUGGCUGGGGUCCGCCAUCCUGUAACAAGGCAGGCAGAGGGGGCAGCAUUGACAGUGGCCCCGCCCAGAUUGACCACUCCCUCAGGGACGGCCUGCUGAUAUUCUUCUUGUUGGUUGUUCCCUUGCUCAUCCUCAUUGCCUUUGUGCUGCUCUACAUCUUCAAGAGAGAUUGGGUGAAGAAGAACCUUUUCAGGUCACGGAACAAGCCGAGCAAUCCUGCUCGUAAUGGUAACGGUGCAACACCAAACCCCCCGACACAGAACCAACCGCGUUUUCAGACACCUCAUGCAUACCCAGAAGUCGUCUCGGAACUCCCACCCAGUUAUGGCGAUCUGUACAACGGGAAGCAGUAUGGAGAAUCUGGACCUCAAAGUCCUGCACACACACAAGGGCCGGGGGUCCCCAGACCCAUUCCCUCGAGGCAGCUUGAGUCCCCUGACCCAGACUACUGACCUCCCAAUCACACUCUCAGGCUCUUCUUCAACGCUUUUCUACUCGCUGUGGGGAUGCGCCCUGAGUUUACAAUGCAGUAUCUUCUUUAAAUGGAAUGUGAUUUUGGUUUUUAUUCUGGAUUUAUUUUUCCUUUUGUUUUCCACUAGGCAUAACUCGACUCAGAUUAAUAUUCUUUUAUUGGAUGCAAUUAUUUUGUUUAAUUUCAGGUUAUCACAGCAAAAGCCCUGUGACAGUGGAGAAGGUGUAUUUAAUGCCCAUCAUCUAGUAUUCUAGUAUGCAAAAACAAUUACAUAAUGCAUUGUCAUAAAACAAACCUCAGGGAACACCAGUGAACAGAGUUCAUUGCUAUUUCUGUCAUCUUUGGUUCCAUUUAAGUAUUUGCAAAUGAAAAAUGCACAUUUUGUUAAGGCACUAGAAUUGCAAAUAUUUUAAUGAAAAACUAUAUUUUCUAAACUGAUUGUAUGAUGUAAAUAUAAUAAUGAUAUAAAUAAAAAUUUAAUUUUAAAA